CUAUUUUAUUGCAAAUUGAAAAAAUAAUAGGACAAGGAGUUCGAUUCUCUCUUCCGCUACAAUAUCCCAAAUUGUCUUUUCAAGUUUUGGCAAAAUCCCCAUCCCUCUUGCUUUCCCCGCUCUCUAACUCCUCAAAAUCAAAACCCUAAUUUCAUCGUCUGCGUGUUCUUUCCUCACUUCGCAUUCUACACAGUCUCUGUCUCGUUCGUAAAUCCAUGGCGACGGUGGAAACCGGCGGAGCAGGCGGUAAAUUCCGUAAGAAACCAAUUCGUAGAAGCCAAGCGACACCGUAUGAUAGGCCACCGACUGCUUUACGACCAACUCUGCUGGACAGUGUUCAAAGAGAGAAUAACAAUGGUUGGUUAUCAAAGCUUGUGGAUCCAGCUUCUCGUCUCAUCACUGCCGGCGCUCACAAGUUUUUUUCUUCUGUUUUUCGUAAACGCAUUCUUCCACCUCCUGAUGAAACAAGGGAGAGUGGAGACAUGCAGCCAGAAAUCACUCCAAUGGUUGCUCAUUCUGGCUCCAAGGACGCAAUAGGUAGAGGCAAUGAUCCAACCAAAGUAUCUACCAGUGGCGAGGUGGCCAAAUUGGAAGAUAUUUUCAAGCAGAAGACCUUUACUAGGUCUGAGAUAGAUCAUUUAACUACGCUGUUGCUGUCGAGAACUGUUGAUAGUUCUGUUGAAGUUGAAAAGGGAAGGUCGAACCCCGUCUUUUCAGACGAGAAAGCUGUUUAUAAUGGCAGUGAAAUUGUAGCUAGUUUCCCUACCCUUGAAAAAGGUGCAGAGCGUGUCGCAAUCUCAACUCCUGUCGUGAUAUCAAAAGUGGUUGAAGAUGUUGCUUCCCCUGCUGAGCUGGCAAAAGCAUACAUGGGUAGCAGGUCUUCAAGAGCUUCCCCUUCUAUAUCAGUACUGCAAAAUGAAAUCUUGAGGGAAGACCUAUCUACUCCUAAUAAUUCAUUCUUACAACGACAAUCUCAAGCCAAUUCUCUUAUUCAAAAGCAUACUAGCGACAUUGGAGCAUCUUCGAAUGGUUUUAUGACGCCUCAGCAUCGCAGAAGAUCCACAAUAUACAGCAUGGCUUCAACUCCUUAUUCUAGACCUCGUCCAACUCAAGUAUUUAAGGCUGCUGAAACUGAUCUUAAAGUCCAUGGCUCAUCAUCAUCUUAUAACAUCACAGAGACUCAGCAGCUAAGUGGAUCUAAGAGACAGGUUCUCAAGCGCCGAAGUUCUGUCCUGGAAAGUGAUAUUGGGUUUGUUGGUCCCAUUCGCAGGAUUCGUCAAAAACCUAGCCUCCUGCACCAUAAAACUUUGUCUCUGCCUCCUACUGGUGCUGCUCAUGUAAAGCAUAUAUCUGAGCGUCUUACAGAUGUUGAUAAACUACCUUCUUCCAUCGAGUGGUGUUCUAAUAAUCAUUUUUCAUCAAAAGCGCUUCCAGAUACUGACAUGCGUAGUAAAAGCAAUGGAUAUAUUCCUUCACAGUCUAUUAAGACAGCUGAAAAAAUCUUUGAACAUCUUGACAAAAUCACUUCAAAAGGGAAGUCCCCUGAAAAGAAAAUUGACGUUGUGGGAGGGAGUUCACCUGUGCAAAAGGCUUCGGAUAUUUGUGAUGUAUCUCCUCAUAAGAACUCGAGUAUUGUAGACUCAUUGAAGGUUUUGAAGACUAAUGACAGUAGGAAGGAAAGUGGUUUGUUUGAAUCUAAUGUUAAUGCACUCGAUCCUUCACCAAAGAUAUCACAAAGGGUAGAAGAAGGUAGCCUAAAAAAGUUUUCCUUUGUUGAAGAUGCUGCAGAAGCAGUAAGUCUGAGAAAGUCCUUGGAAAAUGUUAAUCCACAGUCGAGCUCUGACCAUCAGCAGAAAAAACAGAAAUUUCAGAUGAGUGCUCAUGAGGAUUAUUUGGAGCUGGAUGAAGUGAAUGCAGUUGGUGGUGCCUGCACUCCAAUGAAUAAAGUGGUGGAAAGCCAUGCAUUGGCUGAAAGAUCAGUUGGAAUCUCAUUUAAUGCUCCUGAAAGUGCAAAAAGCUCUGCUGGAAGGCCUCCAGUUCCAGAAGCAAAUCCAUCGACAAACUUGUUGAGCACAAACAUAAAAGUGUCUCUACCUGAUGGGUCUGCUGCUACCCAAAAAAGUACUGCCUUCUCUUUCCCUGUUGCUUCAUCAAGCUCAUCUGCAACCAACCAUAGCACACAAGAAGCUGUGAGCUCUCCUCUGUUAGCAGUAGCGGCGGAUAAAACUGCUUUACGGAGUGGAAAAAUUAACGAAAUUACUGCUUUUAGCUCAAACUGUGCCAAUGUUGCUCCAAAAUUGUUUUCUCCGUCCUCCAUUGUGCAAUCUGCGUCUGUGAAAGACAUGAAAUCCGAGUUGCCAAGCAGUGCAUCUGGUGCUGUAGCCAAAACAGAUGAACAUGAUAGAACUGACAAGAAUAUCAGCUUUGAUGUGUCUGAGAAAAUGGACACCCCUUCAUCUGUGGUGGGCUUUGCUAAAGGUUCUAUUUCAUCUGGAGUACCGUCUAUUGGGGCACCGGUUAGCAAUGGCUUACGCAGUGUAGCACCAAUGCCAAUGGGCGCAUCGUCUCCCAUUCAAGUAUCAAGCACUUCAAAUGAUCAGAGUCCUGUUCCUUUAUCCGUGUCUGCACCAUUCUCUUUCAGUAAUGGUAAUGCUUUAUUCACCUCAAUUGCUGCUAGUACUGCAGGAACUCCUACCACAAACAAAUUUUCCACUUUUGGCAGCAGUACUAAUCACUUGUCAUCCUCAACAACUGCUGCACCAGCAUUGUUCGAGUCUAGUUUUCAAUCUGGUUUCACCGCAGUAUCAUCUAUCUCAUCAACAGUGGUGACUACAGCUUUUAAAUCAGCUGCAAAAUCUGGAGCAAAAUCAAAUGACACUGCAUUUGGCAAUGUGACUAGCGGCCUCUUCACUGCUAAACCUUCUGGAAUCGCUAGUGUAGGAAACGCCGGUUCUUUAUUUAAUGCUUCAACCUUUAAACCUGCCAGUUGUGCAACCCAAAACUCUGAUCCAGUUAGCAAUGGAUUUACCUUUACUCCUCAAGCACCUGCCAGUAGUUCCAUCGGUUUCAAUGCUAGCGCAUCCACAUUUUCUAAUCCAUUCACUUCAAGCUCUACAUCAGGAUCAAGUGUUUCAAGUUCUACAGUGACUGCACCUAUCAGUUCAAGCAGCAUGUUUGGUUGGCAAUCUCCUAAUCCCACUGCUCCUUUUGGAACAUCACAUUCCACUGGAUUUACAUUUGGACUAAAUGCUCCCGGGACUUCUGCAGCUACUAAUAGCACUCCAAUUGUGUUUGGAGCUACGCCCACCUUCUCAACAGCCAGCAAAACUGCCCCAUUCGUAUUUGGAUCUAGCUCGUCAGCGGCUUCUAUUUUCUCAUCGCCCUCACCUGCUAUGCCAACGUCUACUGCUCCCACUACGCCUUUUCCUUCUCAGCCAACAUUUGGUAGUUCAACACCUGUCGGAAACAAUGAUCAAAUGAGCAUGGAACAUAGUAUGGCCGAGGAUUCUGUUCAAGUUUCAACACCUACAGCUCCAGUUUUUGGUGCACCUUUUUCUGCGCCAUCAAGUGGCUUUGUGUUUGGUGGAGCACCACCUGCACCAUCCACAGCGAGUCCAUUUCAAUUUGGUGGGCAGCAGAAUCAGUUUGGUCCCCAGAACACACCAUUUCAGCCCUCUGGCAGUAUAGAACAAAAUACUGGAGGGGCUGGGAGUUUUUCAGUCGGAAGUGGUGGUGUUGAUAAUAAAGCAAACCGUAGAAUAGUUAAAGUAAAGAAUAGAAUUCGGAGAAAGUGAAAGCAGUUGUCCGAGUGAACCGGUUUCUCUUGGGUACACAAGACGAAUACGGUUUCAGGAAAACAUAGGCCUUUUUCAUUUCGUAAAUUUUACUGUUUCGGUGAUAGAUGCAGAAUUUUAAUUUUCUUUCAAGAUGGCGAAAAAUUUGUAUUAAUAAUUUUAGUAGGUAAAUAGUUUUAGCACCAUGUCUUUUAUACGGCAUAUUGUGUAGUUUUGUAACGAACUCAAAAAUAGUUCCAUUCAUAUCAAAUAAGUUGGAAAGUUUUUUGAA